AUGACUCAAGAAGUUAAUAAUAAAUCAAAUAAUGUAAAACGUGAAUUAGAAACUCAAAAUGCCGAUACUUUUAUCGAUAGAGAGCCAGACUCUAAAAAAAUUCGCCUUCAAGGAAACCAAAAUCGUAAUAACUCAAGUGAUCUAUACUUGGAUACUAUAAAUCGACACAUGUUGGAUUUUGAUUUUGAAAAAGUAUGUUCAGUAUCUUUGUCAAAUCUAAAUGUUUAUGCUUGUUUAGUACCGGUAAUUGCUGUACCAAAACAUCCUAUUGCAGCAGUAGUAAGAGGAUCAUUAGAAUAUGGACUUAAUAUGGAUGUGGUUCAAACUCGUGUAUUGAAGUUUUGUUACGGAAUUGAAGUUAGUUCCAGAUGGGAAAGAACUGACCCACCAGAACGUAGAACACAAACAGGGCGUAUUUUCAAAUUUCACAAAUUGGCAUACCGUGGUACGGAAGUAUCAGUUGAUCAAAAAUAUUCCUACACAGCAGCACCAGUUGUUCCAAAUCAAGUAGAUAUGACAUUCAAUAUUUUCAUUUCACCCGAUAAUGGUGCAAAUUAUUGUGAUGAGGAUGGAAUGAGAAUGCUUGGCAAGAUGAAAAUUGAUUUACCAGAUCCACAAAAAGGUAAAAAUCGAUUGGUAGAGUUUAGUUUAACUUUUAGUACAAUGGAAAUAAAAGCGAUGGCUAUUAACAAAAGAACUGGACAAAUUUAUGAAAGUAACUUUGUUCUGGAAUUCUAA